AUGGUUCGCUGUUCCCUGGACAUUCGCAUCCUGCCUCGGAUUGGCCGCACGUGCACUUCUCAACAACCCAAGUUCCCAACAUACCCGAAUCCGCUAUCCGCCGCCCAGACAGGUGCAGGUCUGACUGCGACCGCUGCUGCUGUCGUUGUCAUGGGCAAGGGUGGUGCCGUCGUCAUCUUACUUGUCGUCUUCAUGGCUGUAACUUCGGCUCUUAGUGCAGAGCUAAUUGGCGUGUCGAGUCUUUUUGCCUACGAUUUGUACCGGACCUACUAUCGCCCUAAUGCAACUGGCGCAGACAUCGUCCGUGUAUCGCAUUACUUUAUCUGCGCGUGGGCCCUCUGGAUUGGUGCUUGGGCCACCAUUCUGAAUGCUGCAACCAUCAAUCUCGGUUGGCUUUUCUACGUGGAAGGGCUCCUCCUCAGCCCGGUUGUAUUCCCAAUUGGGCUGACAGUAACCUGGUCCAAGCUCACGGGAGCAGGUGUAAUAUGCGGGACCAUCAUCGGUGCCAUUUUGAGUAUGCUGGCCUGGAUGAUAUCCUGCUGGAAGAUUUUCGGUACUAUCAAUGUGACCAACCUUGCUGAGCCAUACUCUGCUGUCUGCAGCGGGGUGACGGGCCUCAUUUUCUCCGGGAUCAUCACGAUAUUGGUGUCCCUUGCAAAGCCGGCCAACUACGACUUUUCGGGGACUCGCGCGAUCGUAAUGUACGACGAUGUAGAGACGGAAGGGAUCGGCGAAGACAGCAAAUCUUCGUCCAGCCGCCAGAAUAAAGAUGCGAAUGUCUCGGACGUGGGCUCUGCGCCGUCGAGCGAUGCGGUGCUGCCCAGGGCGGCCGUUGACAGGGCGGAGCUCAUGCGCAUCUUCAAGCGAGCGAUGUGGUACUGCCUCGCGCUGACGGUGAUCGUCGGCAUAGUCGUGCCGCUGCCCAUGUUCUUCGCGCAGUACACGUUCAGCAAGAGCUUCUACAAGUUCUGGGUGGCGUGCACGAUCAUCUGGGCAGCGAUGAGUGGGAUCUUCUGUAUCAUUCUACCUGUCUGGGAGUCGAGAGUCGAGAUUGGGAUCAUUAUGGGUGGAGCAUGCAGGAUGCUCCUGCAAAGGCCGCAGGAACGGCCAACCCAGCAGUGA